AUGGGCAAGUUACUCACUCCUGCAGAACUAGAAUGGGUUAGGCUGCAACCAUUACUCCUGGAACGUGGGUAUAAGCUACGUCGUAGGUAUCAACCAUCGUGGAAACCAUCUUGGACAAAGCCAUGGAACUUCUACAAAUACGAGACAGAAUGUGAGGAUUGGUUUCAGCUGAAAACGCGCAAUGUUAUUGAUGCAGUACGCAUCAAGGACGGUGCUAAAGUUGCAAUAAAGAAGACAAUCUUUGAAUACGACAACAUACCUCUCUUACAGCAUCUAAAUUCGGAUGAGAGGCGUGCCGACCCCCGGAAUAAUGCAGUUCCUCUUCUUGAAGUGAUUCCUGUCCCGCAACCUGACGAUGACAGUGAUUCAGAUCACAUAAUGCUCCUUGUUAUGCCAAGGCUUGCUCCGGACGCAUGUAUGCUCAAUUUCAUGAUGGACCCAACUGAUGUGAUACCUGGUGGUUUCCAUCACUCAAGGCAGUACCUAAAACCCAAUGGUAAAACUCGGAUUCGUGUUAGGGAUCGCUGCAAGGUUCCAUCACUCAAGUACUACAUUAUUGAUUUUGAAACUGCCGAAUACUUCAUGCCAAACAGUCUAUGCAUUGGCCACUACGGUCAGGAGAAAGAAGCCCCCGAAUUGUCGACGACAGUACCCUUUGAUCCUUUUAAGCUUGACAUAUACCAACUUGGGAAGUUGGUUCACAAACUAAUGCAGGAAUUCGACGGCCUGGAACUUCUUUGUCCCCUCCGUGAUGCCAUGACCCACAAAGAACCCAAGUUGAGGACAGAUAUUUCACAAGCUCUCCGGAUGCUGCAUAAUAUUGUGUCUUCCCUGGAAGAGACCGAUCUUUCCAGGGUUAUCCAGAAGCGAGAUAUUUCUGAAGAACUACUAAAUGAAUGUAAAGCAGAGCUUGCUCGAAAAUUAGCAGCACCUCAAUUAGGGUGGGUACAUCCGAGACGAAAGUUACCUCAACAAAUGAUGGCUCCUCAAAGAGAGUCGGUACCUCCUAAACAAGAGCCAAUUUCUCGGGAUCACCCUUCAAGUGGGCGCCGAUUCUCAUAUAUUUGCAAACGAAGUUUUGCAAAGUUUACCAAGUCAGAGAAUGCCUUCAUCUUUUCACUUUGA